UGGAAACCUAAAAGGAGUGAUUUCUUUUGGUAAAGAAAAAAUAAUUCCCGAUCAAUGGCGAGGCCACGAGCGGCGACAACCGCCGACCAAUCCACCGGCAAAGCGGAGGAGGCGGGUGAUCGCCAGGUGCUCCUCCGGUUCCCGCGUGGCUCUCGCUCCUCUCCACCCUGGUCGGGAGGGAGUCAGAUUCGUUUGUUUGGCGUGUUCUCCCUGUCGAUUUGCGGCUUGGAUGCUACCGGCGACCAUUUCGGUGGUGGGACAGCGAAGCGGCAAGCCGGCAAGCCGGCGAGCGCCGGUGGAGAUAUAUAUAGGAGGAGGGAGGGAGGAUGGAAGGAGGGCAGCACGGGAGCAGGGAGGCGGCGUGGUCUAGAGGAGGAGGGGGAUGGCGCCGCCGCAGCAGCGCGUGUGCGUGACCGGAGGCGGCGGGUUCGUCGCCUCGUGGCUCGUCAAGCUCCUCCUCUCCCGCGACUUCGCCGUCCACGCCACCGUCCGGGACCCAUGUGAUCCCAAGAACGCGCACCUGGGGCGGCUGGACGGGGCCGCGGAGAACCUGCGCAUGUUCAAGGCCGAUGUUCUCGACCACGACGCGCUGGCGGCCGCCGUCGCGGGGUGCGACGGGGUCUUCCAUGUUGCCUGUCCGGUGCCUGCGGAUAAGGUUGUCGAUCCUGAGGCAAAAGUACUGGCUCCUGCUGUGCAAGGCACCUUAAACAUUCUUCAGGCUUGUUCAGCUAAUAAUGUUCAGAAGGUGGUUGUGGUUUCAUCCACCUCUGCUGUUCAUUUUAACCCGAAUUGGCCUCAAGGUAAACCGAAAGACGAGAGUUGCUGGUCGGACAAAAAUUUAUGCCUGAAGAAUGAGGAAUGGUAUAUGGCUGCCAAGACUGCUGCUGAAGAGACAGCCUUGGAGUAUGCAGAGAAAACUGGACUAACUGUUGUUACAGUUUGCCCUUGUGUAGUUUUAGGCCCACUCCUGCAGCCUGUGGUCAAUACCAGCAGCGAAUUUCUCAUUUACAUUAUAAAAGGAGGUCCUACUGUAAUGAACAACAUGUUGUGGCACAUAGUUGAUGUCCGUGAUGUGGCUGAUGCUUUGCUUCUUGUAUAUGAGAAAGUAGAAUCAUCUGGGAGAUACAUCUGCGCACCAGAUCAGAUUAUCACAGAACAUCUGGUUAAUUUGCUGAAGAAGACUCACCCUAACUACAAUUACGUAAACUGUGACAGUGAUCCAGAUCGUAAAUCUGUAGCUACGCCAAUUACGUCAUUCAAACUGAAGAAUCUGGGCUGGAAACCAAGGAAACUAGAGGAAACACUGUUGGAUAGCAUUGAAUAUUAUGAGAUGGCGGGGCUUCUGCAGGAUAUAGAGGGAUGCCCUUGCCGUCUUCCUCCUCUUUUUCAUUGGGCUACUGAUAAAUGAAGCAAACUCUGGACUACUAGUUGUAUUACAUUAUACAACAAUAAUGCUUAUGUUCGAUGGACCUGCUCUUUCAGUCGUUCACUUUCAGACAUACGUGUGGUUUGUUCUGUAGUCCAUGAAGUGCAUUUUCCUUUCACUCAAUCAAUACAGAUUUAGAAUC